AUGGCGACUGCAGCUGAAGGUGGAGUCUUGUUCAGCGAAGAACGGCUGUUCAAUCCUCAAAAUAUUCAAGUUGCCAACUACGAUAUGCCCGAUAUCGCAAACUUCAACAAUGUCGAAUUCUCAAAGGAAAUCAACUCUGAAGAAGAGGACUUUGAGGAGGAAGAUCUUGAUAUCGACGAAGGCACCCGAAAUGGACAGCCUGAUGUCGAUACCGAAGUGAGUAUCGAGUCGGAAGAGCCAAAAGCACAGGACCAAAAUGGCAAGGACAAAGAAGCCACCAAAAUAGAGGAUAACGACUCGAAACCGUCAACGCCCAAGAAGAAGUCAAAGAAGUCAGGCAAAAAGCACAAGAAAGCUGCUUCUGUCGAAACCGAAUCUGAGAAGACAGAGUCACCAACUGAAGAAAAGAGUGAAGGUGACGUCAAAGCGAGUCCCAGCGGGAAAAAGAAGAGCAAGAAGAGCAAGAAAAAGAAGUCGAAAACCAGUAUGCAGUCAGAGUCCAAGGCUGGCAGUUCGACACUCGAUGAUUCUACAGAUUCGGCAGAGCCGCAAACCCCGGAGCAACAGCAAAUACAUGAGUCGAAAGACGUCGCAGCUGCUGCCGUGACAGCAGAAGCAGCAACUGAGGCAACAAACGGAACCGAGAUGGCAAAGGAAGUUGCCCCUGCUGUCGUUGAAGCACCUGUUACCGUCGAGCCCGCCACUGAGGCUGCCGCUGAGGCAACUACUGAGGCUACACCUGAAGAAAUCGCCGAUUUCAUUGUCGAACCGGCUAUCGAAACUGCCGCCGAGACUGCCUCUGUAGAGCCCCAGGAAGACGUUGCGCCGACCAAGGAUGCUUCUGCAACAGAGGACCCUUUGGCUGAAACUGCUAUUGCUGAAGCAGAAGGAGAGAAAGAAGCUAAACCGCAGGCAACUUCUGGCACUGAAGAGCUGAAGAAAGAGUCUGAAGUGAAGGCGACUGCGGGACCCGAGUUUUCCGAAGCUGAACAAACGGCACCAACCGACGAAGCAAACGGCCUCGCAGAAGACACAUCCGCCGUUGUUGCUAAAGAGCCAGAGCAGUCGAACGUUGACUCCGAGGACCCCAAAGUGCUGGAAACAACAAUUGCGACUGAAACCGAUGUUGCGGCAGAUUUCACCAUUGCUGAGAUUGCGGGUGAAAUUGAGGAGACGUCUGACUCGCCAGCUCCCACUGAGUCUCAUGUUCAGGAAGCAACCCCAGAAUUGACAACAGACUCUGCCAAAGAAGAGUCUGUGCAGGAAGCGCCCAAGGAGGCAGAAGAUAAGCCUUCGGAGGCGCCCACCAAGACCGAAUUGGUAGAAGAAGCGCCAUCAUCAACAGCGGUUGAGCCAGAGGAGCAUACUGCUGAAUCAGCAUCUACAGAAGUGUCCACGGACGCUGUUGCGGACGAAGAAGCCAAGAAGUCUACGGAGACGGAAACCGAGGCCGAGGCCGAAGUUGAAGUGCGCGGCGAAUCUAGCGCAGCGGCGCCAGAGCUUGUCUCGGACGCGGCGCCCGAAACUCUCCAAUCUGAAUCUGAAGCUUUGGAAGUUGUUCCCGAGGUUGCUUCUGAGGCCGUGGUUGAGCUUGCUACCGAAGCUGCUCCUGAGGUUACUCCUGAACCCAAAGUCGAGGCUGAGGAAAAGCAGGAAGAGGCAUCGACUGAGAAGGCAGAGGAAAUUCUGGCUGCCUCGAGCCAGGAUGUCGAGUCUGCCCCUGAAGUCAUGACUGAGAAUGAAGCUGUGACUGAGAAUGAAGCUGUGGCCGAACCUGAAGCCAUGGUCACGCCUGAAGCCGCGGUUGAGGUUGAGUCUGCCCCUGAAGAAGUCGUGACCGAGCCUGAAGCCGUGACUGAGGUUGAAGCUGUGGCCGAAGCCGAAGCCACGGCCGCGCCUGAAGCCGCAGUUGAGCCUGAAAGCACCCCCGAAGAACUCACGGGAGCCGCGGAAGAGACUGUGAAGGAGGCCGCCGAAAUUGAAGCUCCUGUCGAGACGCCUACUGAGGAAGAUGCGGCUGUUCACGAGGAAGCAAUCGAACCUGUUUCUUCUGGCGGCAAAGCUGUAUCUGAUACUGCACUUGUGGAUGAAUCGGACGGAAAACCAGAAUCGGCAGAAUCAGUUGCUGGGCCGGCCGAGACAGCUGAGGAGAGCACGGCAGUGGUAGAGACUUCUGAGGAAACGACGGAAAAGCCCCUGGAGGAUGUCAAGGAGCUAGAGAAGUCUGAAAUGGUCGAAGUCGAAGCUGCCGCAGCAGACGGAAAGCCUUCCGAAGCGGCUGAGAAAGAUGUGGAGACGACUGACGAGGUUCCCGAGCCAUCAAAGGAGGCCGAGGAUAGCCCUGAAGUUGUCGAAGAGGAGGCUACAACGACAAGUGACGAAGCAACAGUGUCCACCGACAAGAAGGAAGAGACGGAUACCGUUUCUACUGCUGAUGAAACUGAGAAACUUACUGGAGAAGUCGCCGAAUCCGAGCUGCAGGUUGUUGCUGAGCCGGUGACCGAAAAGACUUCCGAAGACGAAACCCCCGAAGAAAAUCCAGCACAGGAAUCAGUUUCCAAGACCGAAGCCGUCGAGGAGGAUUCUAGAGAAGCUGUCGCCCCUGUCUCCGAGUCUCCCAUCACAGAAAAGACCGAAGCUCCUACUGAGACUACCGAGGCAGUCCUAGUGGACGAAGCUGAGACUGCCCUUGAGGAAGGCAAGGCUACACCUGUGGAAGAAGCUGAGGCCCUUGCGCCAGUUGAAGUAGCUAAGGUUGAAGCUGCUCCCAUCGAGGAGGCUGAUGCUGAGGCUGCACCCGCAAAGGAAGUCGAGGCUGAAGCUGCUCCCACAGAGGAAGCCACCGUCAAGGAGGUCGAGACCGCACCUGUCGAGAGUGUCGAGUCUGAAGCCGUUCCUGUGGAGGAAGUCGAAAUCGUUUCAGCUGAGGAGGCGGUUGAGACCGCUCCUACUAAGGAAGCAGAGACUGUUCCUGUUGAGGAGGACAAGGCAUUCCCUACUGAGCCUGUCGAGACCGAGGCUGCCCCCGCCGAGGUGACUGAGGCCGAGGCUGCUCCUGUUGAGAAAACUGAGGCCACCCCAGCUGAGGAGGUGGUUGAGUAUUCUUCUACUAAGGAGGUCGAAACUGCUCUCGUGGAGGAAGUUACAGCUGAGGAGGUCAUCGAGGUCGCCCCUGUUGAGGAGACAAAGGCUACUUCUGUUGAGGUGGCUGAGACAACUCCGGUUGAAUCUGAGGCUGCCCCCGUCAAGGAAGCCGAAGCUGCACCUGUGGAGGAUAUUGCAGUUGAUGAGGUCGUUGAAGCUGCCCACACCAAGGAGGACGAGGCUGCAGCCAUUGAGGAGGUAAAGGCUGCCCCCGUUGAAGAGGUCGAGACCAAGGCUGUUUCUACAGAGGAAGUUGCAACUGAGGAGGAGGUCGCCCCUGUUGAGGAGACACAAGCUGCUCCUGUCGAGGUGGCUGAGACUGCUCCGGUUGAGACUGAGGCUGCUUCUGUGGAGGAAGUUGCAGUCGAGGAGGUCGUUGAAGUUGCUUCCGCUGAGGAGGCCAAGAUUGCAGUCGUUGAAGAGGUUGAGGCUGCCCCUGUUGAAGAAGUUGAGACCAAGGCUGCUUCUACAGAGGAAGUCGAGGUUGCUCCCGCCAAGGAGGCCGAAACCGCAACAGUAGAGGAAGUCGCAGCUGAGGAGGUCGUUGAGACUACCCCCGUUCAGGAAGCCGAGACUGCUCCUGUUGAGACAGAGGCUGCUUCUGCAAAGGAGUCCGAGGCCGUUCACGUCAAGGAGGCCGAUAUUGCUCCGGUGGAAGACGUUGCGGUCCCUGUCGAGGUUGAGACUGUCCCCGUGGAGGAGGUCGAGGAAUCCUCCGUCGAGGCAGUUGAAGCCGAAACUGCUUCAGCAGAGGUCGACGUCGCACCCACCAAAGAGGCCGAGACUCUGCCUGAGGCUACACCUGCCGAGAUAGUCAAGGCCGAAACUACUCCUGUCGAGGUGGUUCAGGAAGCCCCCGUCGAGGCAGUCGAAUUUGAAACUGCACCUGCUAAGGAAGCUGAGACUGCAUCCGCCGAGACAGCCGAGGUGGAAACAAUUCCUGCCGAAGGGGUCGAAGCUGCCCCAGUCGAGGCCGUUGAAAUUGAAGCUGCUCAAGCAGAUGAGGUCGAGAGUGUUCCUAUUGAGGCAACCGAGGCUGUACCCACCGAGACAGUCGAUUCCGAAUCUACUCCUGUCGAGCAGGCCAAGGAACUCCCCGUCGAGACAGUUGAAAUCGAGUCUGCUCCUGCGAAGGAAGUUGAGGCUGCAUUUGCCGAGACAGUUGAAGCCGAGACUGCUUCCGUCGAAGAGGUCAAGUUGGUCCCCGCUGAGGCAGUCGAAUCCGAAACCGCCCUUGCAGAGACCAUCGAGGCCGCAGCCGUUGUGGAGGCUGAGACCAUUUCUGUCGAGGACAUCAAGGCAGUCCCCGCCGAAUUCGUCGAGGCUGAGACCACUCCUGUGGAGGAAGUUGAGGCUGCUUCUAUCAAGGAGGCAGAGGUUACCCCUGCAGAAGAAGCCGAGGAGGCCCUUGCCGAGGAACCGAAGGUUGCCACCGCAGAGGAGGUCGAGGCUGAAGCUGCUCCUACAAAGGAAGUCGACACUGUUGAGGAAGCUGAGACCGCCCCUGUAGAGGAGACAACAGCCGCUCUGGUUGAGGUAGCUGAUGUUGAAGCUGCUCCCGUUUUGGAAGCUGAGGCCACUGCCGCCAAGGAAGUCGAGGCUGAAGCCGCCCUUGUGGAAGAGGCUCCUGCUGAGAAGGCCGAGGCUGCUCCUAUUACGGAGGCCAAGACCGAGACAGUCAAGGAGGUUGAGGCUGCUCCUGCAGAGGAGCCUAAGGUGGUUUCUUCUAAGGAGCCCCACUCGGCCUCAGUGGAGUCUGCGGCAGCAUCUGUGGAAAAGCUCGAGACCGUCCCUGUGGAGUCUGUCGAGGCUGCUUCUGUGGAAGAAGUCAAGGCUGCGUCAGUCGAAGAGACCGAGGCUGCGUCCGCUAAGAAAGUUGAAGACGCCCCGGUAGAGCCUGUGGAGGAAGUCGAGGCCACCCCUGAAGUUGAAGCCCCCGUGGAGGUUAAGGCUAUUCCUGUAGAGGAAGCCGAGGCUGUCCCAGCGGAAGAAGCUGCUUCUACCGAGGAAGCUGAGGUCACCCUCGUGGAAGAAGUCAAGGUCACCACCGAAGAAACUAAGGCUAUCCCUGCUGAAGAGGCUGAGGCUGCUCUUUUUGAGGAAGUCGUUGCUCCUGUUGAGGAGGCCACGGUCACACCCACCAAAGAGACUGAGGCUGUGCGCCCCAAGGAUGUCGAAGUUGAUCCUGUGGAGUCGGAGGAGGCAGUCGAGGUUGCUGCUGUGGAGGAAGCUGAGAUCAUCCUUGUCAAGGAUGUCGAGGCUGCUCCCACGGAGGAAGUCGCUGCUCCUGUUGAGGAGGCCGAGACUACCCUUGUGGAGGAAGUUGAGACUACCCUCGUAGAGGAAGCUGAGACUACCCUUGUGGAGGAAGUCGAGACUGCCCCUGUGGAGAAGGCUGAAGUCGCCCCUUUGAAAGAAGUCGAGGCCACUAUUGUGGAGGAGACCAAGACUGCCGUUACAGAGGAGGCUGAAGCUGCCCCAGUGAUCGAUGUUCCGGUGGCCGAGGCCGAGACCGCCCCUGCAGAGGAAGUCGAACCUACUACUGCAAAGGAGGUUGAGGCUGCCCCGGCAACAGACACCCCCGUGGUCGAGGCUGCUCCCGAAGCUCCUGCUGCAGUGGAAGCCGAAGCGGCCACAGAGAAGCAACUAGCAACAACGACAGACGAAGUCAAGACAACAGACACGGCGGAAUUCACCACAGCCGACAAGAUUGCAGCGGCAGCUGCAGCGGUAGCCGUGGCAGCGACAGCUGCAGCAGCAAGCGCAGCCACUGAGGACAAGAGCCGGAGUAUUAAAGGUGAGGAAUAUUCCCAAUUCAUUGCUGAUCACACCCCCGAAGGCGAAGGAGCCAGAGAAGAGGAGGAAAUGCACAGCCCAGAAGAGAAGGAAUUCGAAGAGAAGGAAUUCGGCGGCUUCCCUCGGAACGACGAGCUUGCGGAGAGUGAUAUGAGCGACAGCGGAACUGCUGCCACAUCUGUCGCCGAUGCUGCCAACCCAGAAGGCCUUGUUGAACCAAAGGGCAUCGAGAAUGCAAAGGAGGCAAGCGUCUUAGACGUUGUCGCAUCAGAAGAAGUAACGGUUAACACCGCCGUUGUGUCAGAGCCUGAAGCUGUCUCCUUCUCAGAUGCCCCGAUCAACAAAGAGGUGGAGGCUGUCGAGCCGAAGGCCUUACUGGAAGCCGCUCCAACAGAGGUGACAGUGCCGGUCUCCAAAUCUGGCAGUGAACUGCCAGAGACAUCAGCCAAGGAGAUCUCUGCAGCAGACGAUGUCCAGCCCACUCAAGAAGCACCUCUACCAGAAGCCGCCAAGUCUCUUGAAGUUACGGAACAGCCCACUGCGGACGAUGCCAGCGAAGAGGUCGAAGAGUUCGAAGAGGCCGAAGAGGCCGAAGAGGCCGAAGAGGCCAGAGAGGCCGCAGGCACUUCAGCUGUCGACACCGACAGCGUGGCGCGGGAAGAAGCGUCAGCAGCAGCUGCUGCUGCAUCAGCCGCCGCGAUAGCAGAAGGUGAUAUUCAACUGAAAUUCCCCGGGUAUUCUGCCCGUACCACAUUAGAAACAGGCCUUGUCGUUACUGACGAUAAGCCUGAAUCUAGUUUGGCAACAACCAGGGACAAUGAAGGCGUUCCAGAACGGAUUCCUGCAGAUCUUUACGAUGAUGGGAGUGGUUGCGCUGUUUCUGCCGAGAAAGAUGUUCUUAUUUCUGAAGCGGUAGCUUCACAGCUAGCCAGAGAUAAGGCCGAGGGUCAUGUUCCUGCCAUCGUGCAGGAAGGGCAGGUCCUAGUCGAGGCUGUUAUCGUUGAAGAUCAGGAGACACCAUCCGAAGCAGUUUUGCCGGAAGGCUCAGACCACGUGGACCACCAUUCCCUGCCUGCCAAUGCCGUGACAAGAAACCAGAACGCAGUUGAAGAGAAAGAUGUCCGAGAACGGGCAUUAUGGCAGGAUGCAAGCGUUGUUGGUGUCAGCUCUGCAGCUUUCAGGGAUGAAGAGCAAACGACAGCCAUCAGAACCCCCGUGGCGAUGUCAGAGCUCGAGCCCGCCAAAGUGCCGACUGAUGCUGAAAAGGCUGCUGUUCCUGAGGUCGAGACUGAUGCUGAAGCAACUCCCGAAUCGGGUGUUGGAAUUUCUGUCGUUGUCUCGGCCGCUAUGGUGACCGAGGAUACUGCUCAGAAUGUCGCUCAUUAUGUUGCAAACACUAUGCCUGCUGUUGCGAUGGAACCAGCUGAGGCGGUGUCUGGCCCUGUCCUUGCACAAUCUUCUGAAGCCGGCCUGAGAACUUCUACGGACGCCGAGGACGGUGAUGCGACACAGUCGGUGGAGCCCAAACCUGUCGACAUUGAGCCGGCUUCCGGGUCUUUUGAGCCCAAAGCUACUGGAUCUUGUCUUGAGGAUGACGCUUCUGAGAUUCAGACUUCUGAGACUGCUGCUGAGGCCGAUCCGAUCGAACUGGAUGGUAUUGCGAAAGAUGUGCCUGCUGUAGUUGAAACUGCCAACUCCGAUGAUUUUCCAGACGACAGCACGACUUCACGAUUUGAACAAACUAUACCGACAGAAUCAAGAAACCAGGCGGCACCAGCAUAUCCUGUGGUGGAAAUCGCGCAAAAGCCAGCUUCUGACGAGGAAUAUGUCCUGGUCAAGGCCGUUGACGAAGCGGCUACUACAACCCCAGGACUAAGGUCGACUGUUCCCAUGAUCGACAUUCCCUUCAACGACUCUGUGCCCGCGGUCAAUGUAGCGACACUACACGAUACCUCCAAUGCUAGAGAAGAGCCAGAAAGCUCAACGUCGGCUCGUGAGUUGCCUGCGUUUGAAGCUGGCAUAAUCGAAGAGGACAGUUUCGUCGCUGUUGAUGCAGCAGGCAGCAGCGGGCAGUGCGAUGACGCUCCAGUAGACGAGUCUUUUCAAGAGGAGACAUUUGCAGGGGUAGAGAUUGCGGCAACACUGAGUGGUGUUGGAUUGGCUGAGAUGGCUGGUCACUCUGUAAGCAGCGAAGAUGAACAGCGCCCUCGUUCAGCCAGCUCCAUAGACAUUGGAUCAUCGGGCGAGCUUGUACUCCCUGAGGAUGUUCGAUCGAUCAACUCGGGACUCGACUCUUCGCAGGUGCUCGAAGAGCAGACCAUGCUGUCAAUGUCCAACAGCAGCGGGAGCCUUGUCCAAGACGCCUGGACAAGCUCCAAAGACGCGCUCCAAGCGCCGACACCGACAGUCGUGAUUCCAGAUCUGCAGGAUGCAGUAGCCAUGGGGCUGGGCCGGGUACGGAGUAAUGGGUUGGAGCGGGAGCUUUCGGGAAUGUUUAAAGAUAUAGAGGAGAAAAUCGCGGCAGUGGUGGUGAUUUAUGCAACUGCAGAGGUGCUGAGUCGGCCCGGAUCGCCAACAACAGCGGAGGAGAUGGAAAGAGCAGAAGGAGUGAAUGAGAUAACGGGGCAAGAAGAGACAGAGCAGGCGUGGGGGACAGCCGGAGCAGAAGGGAGGAAGUGGAAAGGGAAAGGGAAAGAAAUUGCAGGAGCGGCAGAAGUGGCAAAAUGGAUGGCAGAGACAGAGGGAGAGGAGGAUUCCCCGGCGGCCGAGAAGAGGGGUUUGGAGGGAGAAAGCGCACUGCGCGAUUCUGUAGCUGACCUCUUCGCAGACGAGAAGCUACGAGGAAGUUCCUCGGAGGCAGUGCCCAACAUGAUGGCAGCAGGAGCAGGAGCAGCAAGGAGCUCACGGCCGCGAGGAGAGCACUCUUCUUCUGGCCACCAUUCUUACUACAGCAGCCGUGAGGCAGAUCGGGAUAACAGAGACAGCACGACCGGUGGAGAGAUGCCGCGACACGGACGUCGACACCGGCAACGCCCGAGCAGCAGCAGCCAUUCGGUGCCGUCGGGAUCGGAGAACUCACAGCCGAGGGCGCCGGCGCGCAUAGCUGGCGGCUUCUCGGGGCAGAGCGGCCAGAGCUCAGGUCCGGUGUCAGCUUCUCGCAGGUCUUCGUACCACCGGCAUCAUGGAGAGGACAGAGAUCGGGAGAGAGAGCGUUUGAGAGAGGGGGAGAGAGAUCGAGAGAGAGAUCGGGAGAGAGAUCGGGUGAAAGAGCAGGAGAGAGAGCGGGAGAGAGAGCAGGAGAGAGAGCACUUGAGAGAGCGCGUGAGAGAGCGGUCAGAGAGAGAGCGUCACGAGAGAGAACGACCGGAAAGAGAGCGUUCUGAGAAGGAGCGCCACGAGAGAGAGCGUCACGAGAGAGAGCGUCACGAGAGAGAACGGGCGGAUGAUGAAAAGGAGCGGCUGCUGCGCGAAGAACAGGAGGCUCACGAACGACGCAGAGCCGAGAGACGGGCGCGGAAAGCGCGAGAGGAGAAGGAUAGGGAAAGGGAAAGGGAAAGGGAGAAGGAGCGAGAAAGAGAGGCGGCAAUGGGCGAAGGCUCAUGGGCUCAAGGAAGCAGACGCAAGGAGCCAGAUGUGGACAGAUUGCCGAGAGAGCGACACGACGAGCGACGGGAACUGCGGCAUUCGUUGAGCAACCGGCAUUCGUCCGGCCAUCGACACUCGCGGCCAUCAACAGGCGAUGCCAGCACGCCAGCUGCCAGCACAGCAUCCAAAGACACUGAUGUGCCUCCGAUUCCAUCGACGGUGUCGAACUCGACUUCGGCGUCGAGGCCGUCGACCAGCCGCAGACUGGCAGAGCCCGGCUUUCCCUUGCGAGACAGCAUCGCUGCUACUGCCGAGAAGAAAAGGGUGUUCCGGGACGGAGAAGAGACAGUGCCGAUCAGCUCCGACAGCCGAGAACCUGUCAGGCGCUCAGGCACUCUCCGAUCGAGAUUUGGAUCGCUCAGACGGCCCAAGGACGACGGCGAGAUGCAACCCAGCACGAGGCAGCCAAAGAGCAGCAGUGACCACGUACCGACGAGCCAUCGGCAUAGUCGUCACCCUAGACAGAGCGUAGAGGUCGAGCGUCUGGCUACAGCUGUGAGACCGGCUUCGGCUCGGGUUUCACUCCCAAUUCCAAUGCCGGUCUCAACUGCAACAUCGCGACGCAGGAGGACGAGCGACGCGCCAGCAGUUGAUGUCUCAACUUCAGCUACAGCAGCGGCAGAGGUGCACGAGUCAGAGCCCAAGGAAGCCAAGAUGACGGACGAGAAGCAUCGCAGAGACCGGCUGGAGAAGCGUGAGCGCAAGGCCAAGUCCGACAAUGAAAAAGUCAGGACGGAUGGCGAGGGCAAGAAGACGGGAUCAGGCCUGCGGGCCAUGUUUAAGCGGUUUCUCCAUUGA